GAAGUCUUAUUUAUAGGGCGUUGGACCAUCCUUAAAUUUUUGACGCCAAGUUUUGAGAAAAAGUCGAAUUUUGAGGGUUCCUAGAAGAUCCUGAAGUAGAGAUGCGUGGUGAUAAGAAUGUUGCAAGGGUAAUAGCCGAGAUGAGAAAAAAUGAGGCUCUGUGGAACACGAAAGAUCCGAAAUUCUUGCCUUCUGUCAGACAACAAGCUGCAAAGGACACAGCAAAAAAACUGGGAAUCACACAUAAGCAGUGCGCCGAUUUGGUUUAUUACGUGAAGAGGAGAUAUUUGAAUGAGUAUCGAGAUCGCAAAGACAGGGAACACGAAGGGAAGGAUGACGAGGAUCUGAAUUGGAAAUGGUUUGACCAGUGUGAAUUCCUGAAACCCUUAGUCCAUAUGGAAAAGAAAUCAUCUCGCUCGAGAUCGAGAAGUCCAAAUAGUCCACAGAAAAAAGACGAUGACGAUGUCAUGAUUCUUGAUCCGGACACUGAAUUUGUCUGCAUAUCGGACAAUGAGUCAGGGAAUGGAAAAGAGGAUUAUGAUGAUCAGAAUGGGUUAUCAAUGGAGGAAGAUCCAAUUGAUACUCAGUCAUUUGUACCGGAAAACCAUAGAAUCGAGGAACCAAUGGUAACAAUACCAACAAAAUCCGAAAAGGACGACAAGAAAUUCCUCAUUGAAGCUAUUUGCUCCACAAUGAAAUUUCAAUUGGAAAAUUCAAAUUGUACAAAUGAAAAAUUAGUAUUAUUUCACAGCGAUAUCAUUAAGUACAUGCACAUGCACUUCAAGAAACGCAGGAAAUAAAAUAGUUAUCCUGGAAAGUAA